UUUUUUUUUUUUUUUGCUACAACGAAAAGCAAACUGUUUUUUUUUCUUUUCUGAGCUAGUGUGUUGUAUCUUGACAUGUUCCCUUGCAAUAUCCCUAUCGUUAUAUAUUCCUCUGUGCCGUAUGAAUUGGCUGGGAAUCUCCUGCAACCCCUCCUCAAACAACCAUGUGAAUUUCCAAACCAACCAAUGCGUGACGCCGGCUGCUGCGCUGGUUUGAAAUCUGAUUGGCUGGUGAAUGAUGAAUUCCCUGUCUGCCCGGGCCAGCAGCGGAGUCGACCGAGCAGCAGAAGGGCCAAGAGUGUGGAAGAUGACGACGAGGGGCAUCUGAUCUAUCGCGUCGGCGACUGGCUACAAGAAAGAUAUGAGAUCAUUAGCACCCUAGGAGAAGGCACAUUUGGCCGAGUGGUGCAGUGCGUGGAUCACCGGAGGGGUGGUGCACGUGUUGCACUCAAAAUCAUAAAGAACGUGGAGAAGUACAAGGAGGCUGCGCGGCUGGAAAUCAACGUGCUGGAGAAGAUAAAUGAGAAGGACCCAGAGAACAAGAACCUCUGCGUGCGGAUGUUCGACUGGUUCGACUACCACGGCCACAUGUGCAUCUCUUUUGAGCUGCUGGGGCUCAGCACGUUCGACUUCCUGAAGGAUAACAACUAUCUGCCUUACCCCAUCCACCAAGUGCGGCACAUGGCCUUCCAGGUGUGCCAGGCAGUGAGAUUUCUACAUGACAAUAAGCUCACCCAUACAGACCUCAAACCUGAGAACAUCCUCUUUGUGAGCUCUGACUAUGAGCUCACCUACAACUUGGAAAAGAAGCGGGAUGAGCGGAGUGUGAAGAGCACAGCCAUCAGGGUGGUGGAUUUUGGCAGCGCCACGUUUGAUCACGAGCACCACAGCACGAUUGUCUCCACCCGGCACUACCGGGCCCCGGAGGUCAUCCUAGAGCUCGGUUGGAGCCAGCCCUGUGAUGUGUGGAGCAUUGGCUGCAUCAUCUUUGAGUACUAUGUGGGCUUCACCCUGUUCCAGACCCACGACAAUCGGGAGCAUCUAGCCAUGAUGGAAAGGAUUCUGGGGCCAAUUCCUUCUCGCAUGAUCCGGAAGACCAGGAAGCAAAAGUAUUUCUACCAUGGUCGCCUGGACUGGGAUGAGAACACUUCUGCAGGCCGCUAUGUCCGUGAGAACUGCAAACCACUGCGGAGGUACCUGACCUCAGAGGCUGAGGACCACCACCGCCUCUUCGACCUCAUCGAGAGCAUGCUGGAGUACGAGCCAUCCAAGCGCGUCACCCUGGCCGAGGCACUCAAGCACCCAUUCUUCGACGUGCUGAAGAUGGAGCUGAGCACAAAGGUGUGGGACUCUAGCCGAGACAUCAGCCGGUGACACUGCUGACACCAGCGUGCCCUCAGGUUCUAGCCCCUGUGGAGGCCUGCGUGAUUUGUAUCAGACACUUGGUGCUUUUUUAUACAAGAAAGACUCCUGGACCCUUUUGUUACUGUGUAAAGCUGUUAAUAUGUGAGAUACUGUACAUAGCCCAUAUUCUAUAUUAGCCUCCGAGCCGUGGGCCUGACUUGCUGCUGCUGCUGCCGCCGUUGCCCUAAAACAUGGGGCCUGUAUGUCCAUGAUGUAAAUACUUUUCUUCACAUGUUGCUUUGUCUCUGGUCCUCAUCCCCUGCCCCCCAGAGUGUGAAUACCCCGGGGCUCCUGGCUGCCUGUAGCUCUUCCUUUCCUUGUAAGUUAUGAAGCUGGUGGGAUUGCAUGGGAAUUAUUUUUUGGAUCGAUGUCAUAGCCCAUCCCCACACCAGAGUUUUAUAAGAAUUUUGUACAGUCUUUGUGAAAAUAAAUAUGAAGUGACUUAACCUUC